AUGGCGAACAAAAUAUCCUACAAAAGAAGAAAGGCGAUCACCACCUCUACUUCAUCGGAAACCUCAGUACCGGCCUCAGCAAAAGUCAUUGCUAGCAACGUUGAUCUCCUCUCAGAGAUCCUUUUACGUCUUCCUCCCAAAUCCCUAAUCAGAUUCAAAUCCGUCUCCAGGAAUUGGCUCCAUCUCAUCUCCGAUUCUCACUUUGCUUCCAACCACUCUCGCCGAAAUCGCAAUCUCUCGAUCUCUGGCUUAUUCUACCACCAUUCUUGGCCUACAAAUGAACAGCCUAACUCUGUCUCGCUUGUCGGCCAAUCAAGCCUCCCCACACUCGCCUUCAUCGAAUCUCCUGCAACAAUCAGGAUUAAAAGCUCUUGCAAUGGCUUACUCUUGUGUGAGAUUUAUCGCGAUGUUUCUCAAAGAAAAAGAGUAUGUUACAUUGUUUGUAAUCCCACCACCCAGAAAUUCACUCCACUUCUUGAUCAUGGUGGUAAUCCCUCACCUGCUUGCUUGGCUUUUGAUCCUUCGCAAUCACCUCAUUACAAAGUUGUUUUGUUGCAUUACAUCCCCUCUCCUCAAUUUGCUAUCUACUCUUCGGAGAGUAAAUCUUGGAAGCGUAUUACUGUCGAUGCACUACCUGUUACAUAUCUCAAUGGGGUCUUUUGGAAUGGAGCAAUCCACUGGUUAACUGAUAACUAUCUCGUUCGAUUUGAUGUUGGUUCAGACGAGCAGAUACAAAUUCCAAAUCCUAUUGCUCCUAAAAUUCUUUCUCUAGCCAAGACUAGGUAUUUCGGAGAAUGUGAUGGUCAUUUGCUUCUUAUUCAGAUGCGAUUGCGUUCUGCUAUGGGAUUCAGAAUCCUUCAGAUGGAAAGUGACUCCUUCUGUUGGAUUGUGAAGUGUCGCGUCAAUCUUAGACCCUUAAUUUCUGUCUUCCCUGAUAUAGAUGACACGAGUAAAGACUACAAAUUUCACGUGCUAUGUGUUGUGAAGGAAGUAAAUGAAAAUGAAUUUGGACUGGUGUUAGCUACUGCAGGCAAAAUUAUUUGUUAUAAUCUCAACUGCAAGGCAUUGAAGGUGCUUCGUGAUGAUUUCUCCGAAGUUGACUUUUACGGAUUGUAUUUUAAGAAAUAUCCUUAUAAUUUUUGUAAAGUUAAAGUUGGUUUCUUUGCUAAAGUUACGGAGGCUGUGAAUCCAGUAAAGUUAGUUAUUGCCUUCUCAUGUGUAGUUGUGGGAAUUGACAAGGCAUUAUGGUUUGAGAAAAAUCAAUAUGAAUCAUAG